GUUUUUGUUAUUGUUGUGAAGAGGGGGUUCGUGGGACAGCUCAUCACUGCGGAUGCGAGUGUAAAUUACAGUUGUCAUCAGUCUUAUAGAUGCGUUUUCUUCCUCAUAACCGAACAUCGUUUCUCUGUAUGAAAUUAUUCUGAUCAUCUCAAGUAAAUCGGGUCACUACAGAGGUGCCAUGGAGAAGACAUGUAGGGUCGAGUUCAGGAAUGUGGGGAGUUACUAUUUCCCUCAAAGCAGAGUGGACUGCCACUACACCAUCACCCAGCAGCACACGUGGGCCAGUAAUGACUGGAUUGGACUUUUUAAGGUUGGCUGGUCAUCUGUCAAGGACUACCAUACAUUUGUAUGGGCAGUGGCUCCAUCCAGCUACAAAGAAGGGACCUCUGUCAACUGCUGUGUUAAUUUUCAAGCUUCGUAUCUACCAGGGCCCAAUGCCCAGCAGUACCAGUUUGUUUAUGUGGAUGGAAAGGGAGAUAUUUGUUCUGUCAGUACUCCGUUUACCUUCUCGGCCCCGAAGCCUAUGGAAGAGCUGGUGACCCUGCAAGAGGAGGGUCAGGGAGAGGAAGUGGGAGAGGACAUGUUACUGGUUAUCCCGAGAGCCCAGCUACUGCAGAGUCGCCUGCAGGAUUGUUUAAAGGAACGUGCCGAGCUGCUCCAAGCUCUGGAGGCAGCAGACCAAAACAUGGCGAGAGAGAGAGACAAGAGAGAGAGAGACAGAAGCUUCUGGGAGCAGAGCCGCAAGGAAAUGGAACAAAAGAUAAGCUGCCUAAAGGAGGAAGUGAGGGAAUAUAAAGAGAAAGUGGAAGAAAUGAAGGAAAAGCAGAAGGAAGUUGAGGACAUGGGUGAGGCCCUGGUAGAGGAGAAGAGGGCCCUGCUGGCUCAAAAAGAAGCAAAUGAACAAAGAAUCAGGGAGCUGGAGGAGGACAUUAAAGUUCUGACACAAAGAGGCCUGGAGAGAGAGACCGACCUAGAAAGGAUGAGGGAACGAGCCAAGAAAGCUGCAGUUCAAAGGAAAGAAGAUGAGGACGAGCAGAAGAACCUGAAGAUAAAGAUGGAACAGACGGAGAAAGAGCUGCACAGUUUGUCUGCAGAGUUUCCGAGUCUGAGAAGCACACUGGCUCAGCGAGAUACACACGUCCUACAGCUGAGAGACACCAUCAGCACCCUUACACACAAACUCAACAGUGCGCAUAGGAAGGAGGCAGCCAAUGAAGUGGCCCUAGGGGAGCUCCGGAGCAUUCAAGAUCGCCUGAACGCGAGCGAACGCUGUGUGGAAACUGUGAGGGGUGAACUGAGGGACAUGAUCGCUCAGAGGGACACCGCACACGCCGAGCUCCAUCAGGCCCGUCUGCAGGCCGCUCAACUCACCCUACAAUUCGCAGACGCCAGCCUGGCUUUGAGAGAGGGUCGAGCCAGCUGGGCACAGGAGAAAGAGACGCUGCAGAAGAACACGGAGAUGGACAAAAUGCGCCUAGACCUACUGAAUGAUGAGAUCCAGCAGAAGGAGGAGAUGUUGCAGGAGGCGAGGAUGGAGAGAGAGAGAGCAGUGGUGGAGCUGGGGCGAGAAAAAGACUGCAAUCGGGUUCAGCUGAGCGAGACUCGUCGUGAACUACAGGAGCUGAAGGCCAGUCUCAGAGUUGCUCAGAAAGAGAAAGAACAGCUACAGACAGAAAUACAGGAAGUGAUGGAGUACAGCCGUCAGCUGGAGAGAAAACUGGAGGUGCUGAGUGAUUCUAAAUGGAGUGAAACGGGCCAACUGCACAACAGCCGUGCAGAAAGCCCUCUGCUGUCUGACUCCGAGGAUGAGAACCCAGAGGCCUUACAGGACGCACAGUCGUCUGGCCCAUUGAACCACUACAGUUUGUGCGAGCAGCCCCAACCUGACCUGCUGCUUCCUGCCACCCCGCCACCCUCUCCCAGACACCCAUCUAGUGUGGACAUGGUGGUCAUCAGCCAACCUGCCCCCUUCUCAUCUCCUCACACACACAAUCACAGCUCUGAAUCGGAGGAUGAGUAUGAGGCUGCCGUGUCGGCUGAACACAUCUUUGGAGACGAGACGGCUCUUCUCCUGCCUGACAACAGAGAUGCUACCUUUGGAGAUUUGGCGGACAGCCCCCUGUGGUAAGGAGCGGAACUGCAGGAGUGCCACGGUUGCACAUUGUGGACAGCUUUGAUCCACAUGUUUCAAGUUUUGUAUUUAGAAGCAUUUGCGCUUUAUAUCAUACUGACAUGAGUAUUUAAAUAUGCAAUUUGCUUUGUACUUUAUAUCCACCUAGAAUAUGCACAAGCUAUUUGACAUCUCACACGGUUUUACUACAACAUGCACAGAUGUGUUAUUAUAAACAUAUCAACUGACAAGCAGAAGAAGCAUCUGUGUUGAGCAGAUGAAAUGAGAAAGUAGUGUGUUUUCGUGUUAUCUGGUUAAAUCUUGCUUUACCUGAGUUAAAAGGCACGUACCGAUAUCAGUCAAAGCAUCAGCAAUAAUUCGGAGCACAAUGUUAUUCACAUCCUUUCAGGCUUUGAAGGUGUAAUUCACCCAAAAUACUGUCAUCAUGUACUCACUGUCAGGUCAUUUCAAACCUGAAUUUAAAUUUAAGUUGUUGUUCAUUGAAAAAAAAAUCGAUAAACGAUUAAAUAAUCACCUCAUCGUGAUGAUUUCAGAUCACCGCAAUGAUUGCACAUCUCUCUAAAAAACACAAGGGGGAGCUGCAGCACAUGUAUAAACGAGACAGUAUCAGAUUACACUGCAAAAAAUUAUUUUCAAGAAAUAAAAUUCUUAGUAUUUUUGUCUUGUUUUCAGUAAAAACAUCUAAACAUUUUUAAAUUAAGAUGCUUUUACUUGAUAAGCAAAACGACCCAAAAAAAUAAGUCUAGUUUUUAGACCAAAAAUAUCAAAUUUAAGUGAUUUUGUGCAUUAAACAAGCAAAAAAAUCUGCCAAUGGGGUAAGCAACAUUUUUUUCUUAAACACCAAAUUCAAGAGAAAUUUGCUUACCCCAUUGGCAGAUUUUUUUGCUUGUUUAAUGCACAAAAUCACUUAAAUUUGAUAUCAAGAAAAAGCAUCUUAAUUUAAGAAUUUUUAGAUAUUUUUUACUGAAAACAAAACAAAAAUACUAAGAUUCUUUUUUCUUGAAUUUUUUUUGUUGCAGUGUACUUUCAAAUAUGUGUUGAAAAAUGUAUGAGAAUUAAAUGUCAAAGCAAUAAACAGACAAUUAAUCGUCACAAUUAAUUAGGCAAUUAACCGUCAACCAAAUUUCAUAAUCGUGACAGCCCUAGUGGCAUGACACGUGUUAAGUGUCCCUAAAUUGUGUAGUGCUUCUUGUCAUUUUUGCAUUUAUGCAAAACAACAUAAGGAUAAGGAAAUAAUGACAGAAUAUACUUUAUUUUGGUGAACUAUCCCUUUAAAGUCAAGAUUUAGUUUUGUGGUUCUUGUGCUAGAAGUAUUUAUAACUGUUGUUGCAACAUCAUGAAAGUUCACAGGCAAACUAAAUAUGUGCAAUGCGAAACACCAGCUAAUCGGCAAUUGACCAUCAUGUUUAGAUAUAAGAGUAGCACUUUUGAUUCCAUCAUCCUAAAAGGAUUCAUAUAAACAAAGUUGUUGUUGUUUAUUUUGGUGGAGGAACUCCACUGUAUACCAAUGAAAAUUGGAUAUUGACUAUUCCAAAUAAUCUCUGCUUUAUACUGGGUGCUUUGUAUAUUUAUGUUAGUUUUGUGCAUUUUACUGAGUCACUGUUUGAUAUAAAACAAAAUUCUUGUUUGUUUGUUAGUUAAAUGUACUAUGAACAUAAAAUAAUUUAAUUACAACAUUUAUAAUUAUUUGACACAUUUGGGUUUUAGGAAAGUUUUAUUAGUACAGUAGUAAAGUUUAAAUUAACGGAACUCAUGUUCAUUAUUUCAUAAUGAAUGACUCGUCUUAAGGAUUCACUGGGAUCACAUGGACAUUUUUACCAAAUUAUUAUUUCAGGUUGGCCUGAUUACUUUUAAAUAGGGAUGCACCGAUACAAAAUUUCCGUGUUGAAACCGAUAUGUCAUUACUUAAUGACAUCUACUGAUAGAUACAGAUGGUUUUGCUUUUUACUCCUUGUUUCAAAGUAUCAUGUAGUGAAAUCCUAGAAGUGCAGAGCGUAAAUGUGUCCCUAGGCACCAAAACCAGUCAUAAGGGUCAUUAACUUUAAUUGAGUUGAGAACUUUAAUUUAUUCCACCAUCUUUGGAAUAAAUAAGCUUUCCAUUGAUGUGUGGUUUGUUAGGAUAGGACAUUAUUUGACUCAGAUACAACUAGGGCUGCAUAAAAAAUAAUCGCAACUAAUCGUUUGCAGAAUAAAAGUUUUUGUUAAAAAUCAUAUAUGUGUGUGUAUUGUAAUAAUUCUGCAUAUAAACACACACACGCGUAUCAUUUUUAGGAAAAUAAAAUAUGUGUAUAUAUUAAGUAUUCAUAUUUAUAUAUAAUAUAAAUUAUAUUUAAAUAUAAAAAUGUAUAUACACAUGUAAAUAUUUCCUAAAUAUAUAAUUUGUGUGUGUGUUUAUAUAUACAGAAUUAUUAUACACAAUAAACACAUAUGAUGUAAACAAAAACUUUUAUUCUGCAAACGAUUAGUUGCGAUUAGUUGUUAUGCAGCCCUAGAUAUAAUUAUUUGAAAAUCUUGAAUCUAAAGGUGCAAAACUCUAAAUAUUGAGAAAAUCACAUUUACCGUUUCCAAAUAAAGUCCUAAGCAACUGCAUCCACUCACAAAAAUAAAGUUAAUAUAUUUACGGUAGAAAAUUUACAAAAGAUCUUUAUGGAACAUGAUCUUUACAUAAUAUCCUAAUGAUUUUUGGGAUAAAAGAAAAAUGUAUAAUUUUAACCCAUACUAUGUAAUGUUGGCUAUUGCUACAAAUAUACCUGUGUAACUUAAGACUGGUUUUGUGGUCCAGGGUCACAAAUGCAAUUCUGUUGUCAUUGUUACCCAUUUCAAUAUAAUUAGCCCUGAUAAUUUUUAAACAAUCAUACAUGUCCGAUAGCGGGAAAAAAAAUGCUAUCAUAUCACGAUGAUAUAUCGCCCCAUUCCUACUUUAAAAAUAACAUUCAUAAUGAAAAUAUUUUAAUGCAUACAUUAAGAAGUGCAAAUAAUGAAGUAUGAAUAUCAAUAUUUAAAACAUUUUCCAGUUGUUUUUGCAAAUCUGGCCUUUUUUGUUGUUACUGCUGUUAUGUUUACUUUACAGUACAUUCACACGUGGCGAAAGCGUUAACGCUUGACGGAAGGCUUGCCUGAAGCGUGGCAAACAGCCAAUCACAGUGGCCGCAACACAUGCUUCGGUCUUUCAUAAAUGUAAUUGGCUGGCUCUGCCUAGGUUAUUUGCAUAAGGCGAUCUGAUUGGCUGACGCACGCUUUGCCGCUUGAAAAGUUAAGAAAUGUUCAACUUCUGUCGCGAGCAACUGCACUGACGCGGCACCGACGGAUCCACAAUUCAGUUUGGCAACGCAUGACUUCACCCAUUAAAAGUGAAUGGUAAGCGUCAACGCUUACGCUCCGUGUGAAUGUACCGUUAGACUUCUGUUUGAAUAGUUUUAUGAUGUUAUUUGCUUUUUAUACAUUUCUUCAGUACUGAAUUUAAGAGCGAUAUCAACGUUAAUACACUUUGAUAAAACAUCUGUUGUAUUCACUACUGUAUUUUAGGUAAGCUGUAUUGUAUGUUUGACUUGGUUUUUCUUAAGUUUUAAGUUGUACUGUAAUGUGUCACCAUAAAAAUCUGGAAACAUGUCACCUUCAAGACCCACCCAGUAGACACAGCAAAACCUUUGAUAGUCAUACCACAUUUACCCAUUUAACCAAUAUAUUAAGAUUAGUCAUAUGUAACAAGUAAAGUACUUUAUUUUCAUUGUAUAAGAGUGUUUUAUGAACACGGGUCAUUUCGGGGCAGCACGAGUUUCGUCUUCGCCUUUGAACUUGACUUGAUGUUUGCGUUUGUGCAGUUAUUCUUACAUUCACUUACCUAACAUGUUUUUGUUGAUGCAAUUGUGAGGUUUUGUUCAGGGUGUGGGAUGGGUUUCAGUAAUAAAAUGGUUUAAUGUAA